UCAUUCAAUGUGUGUUAAUUUAGUUGAACACAAUACUUGGGACUAACGUCUAUCAAGUUAAUUAUAUUUCUCCUUCAUUUUCAUAUUUUUCAUUUUUUCGUUUCAUCUCAUCCUUAUAAUCCUUUAUUUACGAGUGAACAAAAAGGAACAAAAAAUAGUAUUCAAAUUAUUCGUCUGAAAACGAGAACCAAAACAUCCAAAGAUAAACUACAUUUCAAUAUUAACGUUUACAUCCAAGAUUAAUCAAUAACUAAAGUUUAAUUAUAUCAAUCAAGAUGACUGAAGCUGAGAUGGCCAUGGAGGAGAAACUGCGAAAAAAGAAAGAAGAAGAAGAGGCCAUGUGGGCUGAAUACAUUGAACAAAUGAAGAAAACACGGGCUAAGGAAGAAGAGGAUCUGAGAAAGUUGAAAGAGCGUCAGGCACGAAGAAAGGAACAACGUGCUGAACAGGAAAAAAUGAUGUUCGAAAUGAAGAGGAAACAAGAUGAACAGAAACAACGAGAGAUUGAAGAGAAGAAGAAUCGUGAAGCUGAGGCUAAGCGUAAGCGAUUGGAGGAAGCUGAACGCAAAAGACAGGCAAUGGCUCAAGCUAUGCAAAAGCAGAAGGAAGCGGUUAAACCAAAUUAUGUCAUCAGCAAGAAGGAAGGUUCAACAGCUCAAGGGCGAGAUCAAGACAAGUUUUCAAAUGUAGCUUUUGCUCGAGCUGAGUUAAACAAAACUAAGGAGCAAUUGGCUGAAGAGAAAAUAAUUGCUCUCGGAUUGAGAGUUAAACCACUCAAGAUUGAUAAUAUGGAUGAAGAUGAGCUUCGAAAGAAAGCAGCUGAACUUUGGGAACAAAUAAUUCAACUAGAGAGUGACAAAUAUGAUCUUGAAGAGCGACGAAAGAGACAAGAUUAUGAUUUGAAAGAAUUGAAUGAGCGUCAACGCCAAAUCAAUAGGAAUAAGGCUCUGAAGAAAGGUUUGGAUCCUGAAGCAUUUACUGGUAAAUAUCCUCCAAAGAUUAAUGUUGCCAGCAAAUAUGAAAGACGAGUUGAUCGGUACACUUUUGAAGAUAAAAAAGCUCUUUUCGAUGGUGGAUGGGAAGAAUUAUAUAAACAACAACUUGAAAAAUCUUGGGAAGAAAGAAUCAAAGAUUAUAAAGAACGAGGAUCACCUAAAUUGAUGAGAUGGGACCCAACUAAUCCCAAAAACAAGGAAACUUAUGAGCCCGGAACAAGAACCUACGACGAUACUGAUGAUUUUGAUGUUAUGGAUACAUUCAAACCCUACUCUGCUCCAGAACCUUCACCACCUAAAUCAAAUCCAAGAUACGAGCCACCUCAAACUCACGAGGAACCCGAUGAAGAGGAGGAAGAGGAAGAAGAGGAAGAAGAAGAAGAAGAAGAGGAAGAGGAUGAUUGAAGGACUAAUUGUCAAUAUGGUCUGGUCAUAUUGGACGUUAUCUAAAUAAUCCUUUUCCAAUGUAUAUUCUUUAUGCCCGUAAAAGAUGUUUGUUGAAUUGUUGACAUAAUUUGGAACGAAAAAGCGUAAAUUAUGAUUAUUAUCGACUUCAAUUUAUCCACUCGAAAAGCUGCCAACUCAAUGAAAAAUUUUAAUAAGUUAUAAUUUAUGGUUGAUUUAUAAAAAAGAAAUUGUAAUGUCACGAUGAUGCUCUAAAUGGUUUUUCUCUUGCACUUUUGUUCAUCAAAUUACAUUGAUUUUAUCAUAUUGCGUGAACUAUCAACCAGUUUGAAUAUGAGUAAAGUGGAAUGAAAGGAAAAUAGUGCAAAAGAUGUUUUUGUUUGCUUAAAAGUGUACCUUGGUGUCUUAAUAUUUAAUCAAAAAAUACGUUUAUAUGUCAAAUAUGAACGCCUAAAAAUAAAAUACCCAUAAAAUAAUAAAGAAUUAUAAAUAAGA